GCUUUUACCACCCGGAAAACAAAGUCAAACACAUUCAAUGGACUGAGACGGAAGCUGAUUAAUGGGUUGAGAGUAACAGAGAAUGUGCUGAGGUUUCUGUGACGGAGAAGUCACCUGGGAGAGUGCUCCUCGCCUCAACUAUAUAAGACUGAGCAGACCAAGAGGGGACCAUGAAGCAGCUUGAGAAGCCAGGGAGAAGAAGGGCACCCAUCAACGCACUCAACAAUCCCUUUCUCAGACGCUCAACAGAAAAGAGCAAAGAAGCUCAAAAAAUGAAAAACAUUCACUCUUUCGCUGGACUCCUGCUCCUCAUCAUCAUCCAAAGCAGUUGGCAGGUGCCUGACAGGGACACAGACCGGAACUCAAUGCUAUUGACUGAAAACUCCGUGCUGACCGAACCCACUGAGCUUUCAAACAUGAAGAGACAUUCUGAGGGGACAUUUUCCAAUGACUACAGUAAAUAUCUGGAGACAAGAAGAGCUCAAGACUUUGUCCAGUGGCUAAAGAACUCAAAAAGAAAUGGGGGUCUAUUUAGACGCCACGCUGAUGGCACCUACACCAGUGACGUGAGUUCCUACCUGCAGGACCAGGCGGCCAAGGAGUUUGUGUCCUGGCUGAAGACCGGCCGUGGCAGAAGAGAGUAGACUCAACCAGAGCGCCUGCCAGCACCCCCCAAAAAUAAUGCAACAACCCACACUGACUCUCUGUGCUUUUAUAUGUUUCACAAUCUGUACUCGCCUUUUCCUUGGUAUUGCUAUUAAAUUCACCUCAUAAGAAGCUCUGUUGGCCUUAAGUGGUUGAAGGAAAUGUUGUCAAAAUGCAAAAUAUUUCAGUAUGUUUGAAAUGUGUCUCGACCAUUAAUGCUGUGUGAUUUUUUUUAAACCAAGCAUUCACAUCAUGAUUCAUUUCUUUCAUAUUUUUCAUCUUCCUUCCAACAUGAGUAUGUAAGAGUAUGUCAAAGUUACAUUAUUGAUCUGAAUUGCAACCAUGAUAAUUCAUCUGUAGAUAGUUUCUUAUUAUUCAGAUGAAAGUCAUAUUUAGUUUUCAAUAAAGAAAUGUGUAC